GGAAUUAAAAUUAAAUAUCGAUAUUUCAAAUAGGGAUCCUUCCUCUCUCUUAAUCGCCGCCGUACCGCCGGAUUUGCCGGACGUUUCUCCGGCUAAUAUUCCUCUAUCGCGUCCAUACGAGGUCAAGCCCAAUUUUUUGUUUUUUGAUUGGGUAGAAACUCCGCCUUUGGUCUUUUAAAAUUAUAAAAUCGGGAGUAGUAGUCUCCUGCCCUGAUUUUCGUCAGACUCACUUCAUCAGCGCCGACUCUGUUGCCGUAUUAUCAAGUUUCUCAAAAUUUUCAACGGCUACUACUGGUUUGAAUUAGUAACUCAGUUCUAAGUCCAGGUGGAAAAUGGAUAUUGAAGUUGAUCAUUAUGUUGCUUUGGGUUUACCCUCUGGUGUGGAAGGGACCAAACUUUCUGAGAAAGACAUAUCUAAAGCUUAUAAGAAGAAAGCAUUAGAGUUGCAUCCAGACAAGAGGCCCGAUGACCCAAAUGCUCACUUGAACUUUCAAAAGCUGAAGACUUCAUACGAAAUUCUCAAGGAUGAGAAAGCUAGGAAGUUAUUUGAUGAUCUACUUCGUGUGAAACGUGAGAAGAUCCAACGCCAAUCACAACACGAUUCGAAGCGUAGAAAGAUGAUGUCAGAUCUCGAUGCAAGAGAGCGUGCUGCUUUUUCACCUGAUGCCAGCGUUCUAGCUCGAGAAGAAGAGGAACAAAUUGCUAGAAAACUUAAGGAGGAAAUUGCCCGAAUUCGUGCAAUGCAUUCAAAGAAAGUGUUUACUCCUAUAAAUACUUCACAGAAAGAGGCACAUGCUAGAACUAAGGAGAGUAGUGCAGAAGGCAAGGGGAGUAGUGUAGACAAGGAAAAGGUGCUUAAGGUAUCUUGGGAGAAGAUCGGUGAAGAUUAUACUGCCCAAAGACUUAGAGAAUUGUUUAGUGAGUUUGGUGAGGUUGAAGAUGUAGUAAUCAAGAGUUCUAAGAAGAAAGGCUCUGCUCUUGUUGUCAUGUCAUCUAAGGAUGCAGCUAAAGCUUCGUGUGGAAAUGUGUUGGGGGAUCUAUCAAAUCCUCUCUUAAUUGUGCCUCUCCAACUUCCAAUGCCAUCUCCAUUUUCUAACGCUGAGAAAAAUGGAGAAUCUGAGGGCCCAAGUUUGAGUAAUCUUGUAGGUGCUGGAUACCAGAAAUUUGAAGACUCAGUAUUGGAAAAGAUGAGAAAGGUGGAGCUCAGGUAAUACCAGCUGGUUUGAUUGGGUAGAAAGAAGUAGAAAUAGGAUGAGAAGGAUAGCUCUGAGCAAGAAGGUUAUGGAAUGGUUAUGUCACAUUCUCAAGGAGGCAUUGAGUGAUCAAUAAAACUUGGUGAGAAGAUGGAGGACUAAAGACCCAGUGCUUGAGUUCUAGGGCACUAGAAAGUACAAUGAGCAUGGUAGAUAUAUACUCAUCUGGUCACUAAAAGGGGAAGCCAGAGAAAUUAUUGUAUCUGAACAAGCCAUAAAUGCAGGCUGGAGAGACAUAGCAUUUAAGAUUGAAAUAUUCAUUAGUGGCACUCCCCAGCAAACUGUUAUACAACAGCCCCCAAAAAUGAUUAGAAAAGAGGUCCCAUAUGCAAAGGUUGUUGAGGGCAGUAAAUGACAUCCACAGACUAAGGAGGCACCGAUUUCGAAAAUGGCUUACUAGGUACAUGCAUAAACUGGUUUGUUUGGGAAUCCCUCAUUCCCACACACACACUUGCAGAUGUCAGGAGAUGGGCUUCUUCCAUAUGGAAGAAAAGCUUUUGGAAUCAACAUUUAUGAGAUGGCUGGACAAAUCUUCCUAUUUAAAUUUCCAAAUAGGUAUAUGGCGGAGCAAAUCUUACAAGGAUAAUGGGUUUAGAAGAUCACCCAGGUCAAGCUAGAUUGGUGGAACCCCCUAGUUGGCUGUACAACAAUCCAGCCAAAACACUUUUCAACUCGACUCCAAGCAAUAGGGCUUCCACUCCAUCUGUGGUCUUACGAUAUUUUCCGAGAGAUCGGCGACAUACGUGUGGCUGGAAGAGUACAGAAGAAGAAACAGAACUGAGAAAUCACCUCAAAUGGCUCGAAUCAAAGUCAUGGGCGAUGCUCGAAGUAUACCCAGUGAGGUUUCUAUCCUUAAAGAGGGGUAUAUAUUCAAAAUCCCAAUUUGGGUCGAAAGACAAAUAACUUUUGAGAGGGUGCCGGCCAUUAUGCCUUCGAGAUCUUAUACAGAUGUGGCGGAGAUGGAAGAACCAAGGAAAACCCCUAGGGAAAGCUUUUACCCAGAGGACAGAGAGAGGAAGAACGAUGGAAGAGGUUAAUACCCAGAGGUUCAAAGCCUCUUUUGAAGUUAUAUCCGUGGUCUCUGCUUUGAUCUAGCGACACUUUAUAACCUCUUAGAAUUUGCCAUUGAGAAGAACUUCCAUGUAAUCUCCAAUAAAAUCCUGGCAGGGUCAACUUAUGGAAGUGAAGAGUUUGUUAACAUAACAGAGAUAAUUGAUUCUGAAGAUUUUGACCGGAACAGAGGUACACAUUGUGUAUGAUCUAUCUCUCUCUUCCUGGUUUCAGGGUAGUGGUCAUCUAUUCUUUCAAUGAAAAUGUCUAGCAGUUGCGAAAAAAUUGACAAGAUUCUCGUUCACUUCAGUGCCAAUACAGCAAUUACUCAUCCAGAUGCUAUCAGAUGAGAAAUUCGUAAAACAAUUCAUCCAACAGAAAAGAGAGAGGCUAAGAAGGAUGUAUUUUCUAUUUGUCUAUGGAUUUCACAUCUAGGAAUUGAGUGCACCAAAAGUAGCGGCCGUUUCCACUGAUGGGCUGACAUGAGCAGGUUAAUUCGGUCUUAUAAUGUGGAAGGUGAGAUUGAGCUUUGGGAUAACCUACUAAAUGUAGCUAUGAUCAGUGUAACUCAUGGUUCUUCCUGCCACGGUGUUGAACUUGGGUGAUUCAGGUCAUGUUUUACGACCUUAAGGUAGAGGGAUAUUUCCAGAUUGAUGCGACGGAUUCAGAAAGGUUUGGAGGUACAUAAGUCUCUGAGUUAAGUUGCUAAUGACCCGAUCCCUCACAAUUGUCAACCUUUAACCGAAAGUCCACAACUUCUGCAGGGAAUUAAUGGGUCACGUGUUAUGUGAUUUUAAUGCUUCCAUAAAGUUAUCAAUGUUCUAAUAAUGUGAUCAGGAUGCAGCACUCUGGGUACUAAAUGGAGAGGAAACAAAAAUAUAAGCAGAUUGUAAUGCAGAAGAUUCCUGAAGUGUGUACUUGAGAUCCUCUCCUACUUUGUCAUGUUCACAAUUUUUUUUAUAUUUUUAUUUUUUUGAAAUUUUCCUCAUAUUAUAUAGAAAUAAAAUAAAAGUACAAGGAGGGGGACAUAAAACCUUACCUCCAAAUCUAAGUUGGAUGAUAAGCCGGCUAACCUAUUAAGGUCGGCUAGCUUAUCUCAGAUACAAAAAGGUGCUAUCUAGGUACUAGAAAAGCGUUAAAAAAAGAGAGGACUCCUCUCGGUACAAAGGGACUAAGAAGAGGAUAGUGCAUGGUGAACUUAAGUCGGCUAACUU